AUGAUCACACCUGAAAGAUCUGACGACACUGCAGGAAUAAUUGUGAUUGGAGAUGAAAUUCUCAAAGGUCAAACAGCCGAUACCAAUUCCCAUUUUUUGUGCAAGCAUUUGUUCACUUUAGGAGUCAAAGUUAAAAAGAUAACUACAGUUGGAGACAAUUUAGAUGAAAUAGCAAAAGAAGUUGCAGAAUUUUCUAAAAAGUUCACUCAUGUCAUUACAUCUGGUGGAGUUGGACCAACACAUGAUGAUAUCACCUUUGAAGCUGUUGCCAAAGCUUUUGAAGAGUCCACUGUACUAAAUCCAGUGAUUGUAGAUAUUUGUAAAAAAUUUUUCAAGACUGAAGACCUGUCUUCCCCAGUAUUCAAAAUGGCUUUGAUUCCUGCAUCUGCGCGUUUGGAAUUUGGGGUCAGUCCAGUGAGUAGGCAGAAGAACUUUUAUCCUCUAGUGUGCAUAAAGAAUGUCUACAUGUUUCCUGGCAUUCCAUUCCUCUUGGAAAAGGCCUUCUUGUGCCAUCAGAAACUUUUCCUGAACCCACAUGCUCAGAUGCAUACUUCUGAAUUGUAUGUGAACUCUGAUGAAGUAUCAAUCACCAACAUCCUAAACAAGGUUGAUGCUAAGUUUACAAAAGUUCAACUUGGUUCUUAUCCUAUCUUUUACAACAGUCCGCAGUCUGUAGUCAUCGACGGGAUACCGCGACACGUGGGAGAUGUACGUCCACGGCUCACUUCAUUGUUACCAACGGAUGAUGGCGGUGGCACAACGUCAGGGAGUAAUGAAUGGCAAGAACCAAGCUCCAGUGCAAGCAGCAGCGACACCUCAUCUGAAAGCGAGAAAGAAGAGCAAAGCGAAUUCGUUGCCUCGUGGUCGAACCAUUCUCUGAGAGUCGGUCGCGCGGCGCCUACUGCCAUUUUUAUGCAGCAGACUUAUUUGCAUAAGAGAACCACGCUACCGAUUAAAAACCGGCGAGUGGACGUGGAGGCCACUGCUUUUCUAGGCUUCGGCGAGACUAGACGGAUUGCAGACAGAAAGCGACUUCUGGACAUACGACAUAGCUGA